AUUUUUCAGAAUAUAUAUAAAUAUUACGAACGAAAGAAAGAACAAUUAUAUUCAAGAUGUUUCCUGUUGAGAUUUGGGAAAUAAUUUUAAAAAAGGUUAGUGAUCCAUCAGCUCUCGUUGUUCUUCAAGAAGUUUGUUCAACUUGGUAUUAUAUUAUUGAAAAAAUAAUUAAAAAUUUUAAUUGGAAACGAACAUGCAUACAUGAAAUUGGUCGUAGCCAUGUCCAUGACAUUAUGAUAAAAGCAUUUCCAUCACAUUGUUUAGAUGAUUAUCCAGUUAUAAUUGAUGAAGAUAUCUGGAGAGGAACUUACUAUUCUUUUUCCAAGUGGAUUAUGAUUUUAAAUGCUGAACCUGUAUUAAUGAAAAUCGACUUUUCAGAGAAUUCAUCUGUUGUAACUUGUACUGCAACUUCAAAUGAUAAUGUAGCAAUUGGAACCAAUUCAGGAUCUAUAUAUUUUUACAAUAUUUUUAAUGUAAAUGAACCAUUUUUCGUAGCGAUCCAUGGUGAACCUUUAGAUCAAGUUGAAUUUUGGUAUAAUGAUCAACAAGAAAUACUUGCUGUUUCAAAGUCUAAGAAUAAUUCGCUUAAAUUUUGGAAUGUUAGCUCAAAGGCAGAAUUAAAAUCUUCUAUUUCAUCAGCACAAUCAAUCUGUGUUGGUUCGAUGUAUAAUUGUUAUUCACAAAAUGAUGAAAUCAUUUUAGAACAUAAGUGGUCAUUAGACGGUAUAAUCUGUAAUACACAUUUACGAUUUGAUCUAGGAGAUGCUACAGCAAUUGGAAUUUAUUUGCGGAAUGCACGACCGUUAUUAUUAUCUUAUAAAAACAAUAGUGAAUUAAAAUUAUUUCUUCGACAAGAUAUGGCUUAUGGAUUAUCAAGUAAAUCCGAGAGAGUAUUAAGGACACAUUUAAUUCCUGAUGAUUUUUGUUUAUCAUGUAAAUUUUAUGUAACAUAUUAUAAUGCGAUACUUUUUGUCAUUGGUAAGUAUUUUCUUAUUAUUAUAAUUUAUUUUUUUAAAUUGCCGGUUGUUUUUAUUAAUAUUUCAGAAAAAUACUUAUUCAUUAGUUUUUCUUAUGAUUACAAAAUAUACGAUAUAUUUUCAUAUCUUGAUGGUUGCGUAACAUCAAUAAUUACUCAUGGACAUCUUUUAUUUCUUGGUUUAGAUUCAGGCGUAAUUCAUGUAAUUCAUGCUCCGACUGCUGAUUUCCUCCUGCAUCUUAAUUUUAAUACUAUUAAGACAAAAAGUAUAAGAAUAUCUAAUGAUGAGCCCAUUAUUUCAAUGAAUAUUGCCGAAGCCGAAAAAGAUCCAUAUAUUUUUGUAGCAACUAAAACAAAAAAUUAUCUUGUUAAUUUCAUUUAAUUUAUAAUUUUCAUAA